UUUAUUAUAUUUAUCUAUAUUUCCAUGAAACAUUAUAACUAUGGAUGCGUAUGAUAUUUUUAAAAAACUUACAAAAGGCUUGAAAUUUAAACAUCGAGUUAUAGGGGUAAAAAAUGAUAUACAACCUUCUAAGAAAGACUUAAAAAAAGAAGUAGAAAUCAAACACGAACCUGAGAAAGUUAAAGAAGAAAUAGAAAUAAAAGAAGAAAUAGAGGAUAAUGAUGAAGUUAUUUUGUCUCACAGUGACAACGAAUCGGAGAGUGAAAAAGAAGAUUUGCAAAUAGUGGAAGGUGUAAAGUUUGGCGAAAAGAAAAAAAAGGAAAAGAAAGAUAAACCAGAAGACUUAAAAAAGAAAUUGGAAUUAGAAGAGCAAAACCGUUUCCGCAAUGAACAUGGCAUAAAGGCAGUUGGGAGACACAUACCAAGUGCAUUGAAGGAUUUCACAGAACUAACUAGUAGAUAUAAUGUCAAGCCUGCCCUAGUAGAUACUGUAACACAGUGUGGAUACACAGAGCCCACACCUAUACAGAGGCAAGCACUGCCUUGCAUGUUAGAGGACCGUCAAAUACUAGCAUGUGCCCCAACAGGGUCUGGUAAAACAGCGGCCUUCCUAUUGCCAUUGUUUCAUGUAUUGGGAGGAGCACAGGGAGGUCCCAGAGCUUUAAUCUUGUGCCCCACAAGGGAACUGGCCCACCAGAUCUACCGUGAAGCUCUGCGGUUGAGUGCAUCCUCGUCAUUACGAUGUUCAGUUGUUAAAAAUGUCAAAGAAAGCAAAAUGAAAGAACGUGAAGCGACUAUUAAGAAAAGUGAUAUUGUUAUAAGUACUCCAAAUCGCCUUUGUUACUUGCUCAAUCAAGACAAUGUCACUAUUUCUAUGGACAAGGUGCGAUGGCUGAUAAUCGACGAGGCCGACAAGAUGUUUGAGGGUAGCGAGGAGCAGGCGGGAGACUUCAGACAGCAGCUGCAGCAAGUGCUGGCAGCGUGUGGUGGUAAACAGCGCAGAGUGGCCAUGUUCAGCGCCACUCACACGCCCGCAGUCGCCAAGUGGUGUCGCCACAAUCUGAGGGGACUCAUCUCUAUCACUGUCGGACAGAGGAACGCGGCGACGCAGCUUGUGUCACAGCGGCUGCUGUACUGCGGCAGUGAGCGCGGCAAGCUGCUCGCAUUCCGACAGCUGGUGCAGGCAGGACUCAAGCCUCCAGUACUUGUGUUCGUGCAGAGCAAGGAGCGAGCGCGACAGCUGUUCAAGGAGUUAUUGUAUGACGGUAUCAAUGUUGAUGUGAUACACGCGGACAGGACGCAGGCGCAGCGUGACAACGUGGUGCGCAGUUUCCGUGUGGGGAGCGUGUGGGUGUUGAUCUGUACGGAGCUGAUGGGACGCGGUAUUGACUUCCGCGGAGUCAACCUCGUCGUCAACUAUGACUUCCCGCCCUCCGCCAUCUCAUACAUACACAGGAUAGGUAGAGCUGGUCGCGCGGGUCAGCCGGGGGAGGCUGUCACCUUCUUCACUCAGGACGAUGUCGUCAAUCUCAGGAGUAUAGCGUCAGUACUGAAGCAGUCAGGGUGCGAGGUGCCCGCGUACACGCUGCAGCUGCCGAGAGACCGCGCUCGCGCACGUCGCAGGCAACAACACGCACCUUACAGAGAACACAUAGAUACCUCACUGCACAAACCUGACAAGAGAAAACUUGAAGGUGAAAAUGAGGAUCAAGUAAAAGCUAAGGAUACAAAUAGCGUGAGAGACGCUAAGAACAAAAAACAGAGGAAAGUUUCUAAUACGGAACAGGGAAAGCAUCGCAAUAAAGAAAAAGGACAAAAACCUAGACAGAAGAAUGACAAGAACAAAGAUGGCGGACGUAAAAACAAGAAGAUAGAUAAAAAAGAGAAAAAACUCAAUAAGAGGAAAAAGAAAUCUUUCGCAAAAUCCGCGGCCUCUAGUUAGUGAAAUAUACAAUUUUACUGUUAUGAA